AUGCAGAGUCUACAACCUGAUCCCGCCGCUCGCUAUCGCAAUGUGAUGGAAGCCUUGUUCAAAAUCAUCCGCACAGAGGGAAUCUGGAGGCCGAUGCGAGGAAUGAAUGUUACAGCGACAGGAGCUGGGCCGGCACACGCCCUGUAUUUUGCUUGCUAUGAGAAACUGAAAAAGACACUGAGUGACGUCAUCCGCCCCGGGGGCAAUAGCCAUAUAGGGGCCGCUGGCUGCGUAGCGACGCUGUUACAUGACGCAGCGAUGAAUCCCGCUGAAGUGAUCAAGCAGAGGAUGCAGAUGUACAACUCGCCGUAUCGGAGAGUGACGGACUGUAUGAGAGCCGUGUGGCGGAAUGAGGGUGCUGGUGCCUUUUACAGAAGCUACACGACGCAGCUGACCAUGAACAUCCCCUUCCAGGCCAUACACUUUAUGACCUACGAGUUCAUGCAGGAGCACCUAAAUCCCCAGAGACAAUACAACCCAACCUCCCAUGUGCUGUCCGGUGCCUGUGCUGGGGCGGUGGCUGCUGCCGUUACAACACCACUGGACGUUUGUAAAACCUUACUGAACACACAAGAUGGACAUAUCACCGGCAUGGCGAAUGCCUUUAGGACGGUUUAUCAAGUGGGCGGUGUCACUGCCUACUUCCGAGGAGUUCAGGCCAGAAUCAUCUAUCAGAUGCCCUCCACAGCCAUUGCAUGGUCUGUGUACGAGUUCUUCAAAUACAUCAUCACCAAGCGCCAGGAGGAGAGGAGGGCAGCUCACUGA